AUGAGGAAGUAUCCGUGGGGUCUUCAUGCUUACGAUCUACUACUAGAGUCCAUACAGAAAGCAAGGUACAAGUUGAAGAAUAACAUUUAUGUAUUGGAUGGAUUCUCCUAUGCCCUACAGAUUUGGCUUAUGGAGGCGAUCUCGGGCAUUGGAACUUUGUUGGGUCGAAAGUACAACGAAGGGAUAACCAGUGUGAGAUGUCAGAAUUGGUAUGGAAAUGGAAAUAUUUCUUAUCAUGAUAUCACUGUUCUAGAGGCUGCACUUGGAAAGAAAGCGGUCGUGUUUCCAUUCAUUUCUGAUACAGGAAACAAUGAUGUCAUUGCUAAUGUGAUCUUCAAAAGGAAGAAGGAGAAGAAAGAUGAACGAGUUGACAAAAUUAUUUCCUUAAUCAGUGCAAAAUUUGAGUGGAGCAAAUUCGUCUGGGAAGUCGAGGAAGAUAUAUUGACUCAAGAUCAGCUAGAUGAGAAAGAUGAUGUUGCUGUGGAAGAUGAAGUAGAAAUAAUUGAAGAUGAAGAACCGAUUGAGCCUGUAGUUAAAAGAAGGGUCAAGAGUAAGGCAAAGGAUCCCGGUUCUGAAUCUAGGAAGAGACAACUACUUUGCCAACAUGCGGCAGGACAGAACACAUGUCUCCAUGAUGAAAUAAAGACCUUUAUUAUGAGAUUGUUUAACACUUCCUUCAACUCAAUGAAAGAAGAGGUCAAAAGCAUGUAG